GACGGCGCGCCCACGCGGUGCGGCCCGGAGCCCUCGGUGUCUGUGCGCUCCGCCCUCUCCCCCCCCCCUUAGCCCCAAGACCCUCUUCCCGAGGCCGAGCAUGGGCGCGCGCGCGUCCCAGGAGCCCCAGGCCCAUGCCGGCCUGCGGCUGCUGCUGCUGUUUCUGCUUCUGGCGCUCCUGCUGCUGGCGCUGGUAGCCCCCGGCGCGCAGGGGGCUCGGGGCCGCGGGACUGCGGACAAGAACAGCCACCGGCGGGCGGCCAGCACCUUCUCGCAAAGCGUGAGCAGCCUGUUCGGAGAGGACAACGUGCGCGCGGCUCAGAAGUUGCUGUCCAGGCUGACUGAGCGCUUCGUGCAGGGAGUGGACAUGUUCGUGGAGACAUUAUGGAAAGUCUGGAUGGAGCUCUUAGAAGUCCUUGGACUUGACGUGUCCAACCUGUCACAGUACUUCAGCCCGGCCUCCGUGUCCAACAGUCCCGCCCGGGCCCUGGUGCUGGUUGGUGUGGUCCUCCUGGCCUACUGGUUCUUGUCUCUGACCUUGGGUUUCACCUUCAGCCUCCUGCACCUGGUGUUUGGCCGCUUCUUCUGGCUUGUACGUGUCAUCCUGUUCUCCAUGUCCUGCGUGUAUAUCCUACAUAAGUACGAGGGUGAGCCUGAGCACGCCGUGCUACCGCUCUGCCUGGUGGUGGCCAUUUACUUCAUGACAGGGCCCAUGGGCUACUGGCGAGGAGGUCCCGGUGGCCUUGGCAGCCCCAGUGUGGAGGAGAAGCUGGAACACCUGGAGAACCAGGUGAGAUUGCUCAACAUCCGCCUCAACAGGGUGCUGGAGAACCUUGACCGCUCCAAGGACAAAUGAAGGUCAGUUGCCUGGCCGCCCAAGGGUGCCACCCGCAGUGAUGUCAGAAGACACAGAAAGAAGAAAACAGCCGGCAGCCCCACCAAACCCCAACCCUCCCAAUAAACUGAGCAAGAAUGCCACGCCUGGUAUUUCCCACUGUGUGUCGACCUUAAGACCCCCUGGAGGAGAAAGAACUUAAUGUAGAACUUAAUCAGAAGGUUGCUAGUGGGAAAAAUAAUUUUUUAACAAUGGAUAUACCCCUAUUAGCUGUGUAGUCAGAGAAAUUUAUCUGCAUAGACCAUAAAGUUGAUUUUUCAAACAUUUAAAUCUUUUGUAAGGUUUUUAAAUAAAGGCAGAUCCAGUCAAGUUUAUCAGAA